UGCUUCCGGAGCAGACGUGCGACUACAGAGGGAGGCACACGGCGCUGAGGUGCAGGAUGGCUGGGAAAAGGCCAUCAGGACUGGGCAGGCAGCACUGGCUGCUGGGGCUGCUGAUUGCGGUAGCCGCCGUCCACCUGGUCACCUGCCCCUACUCUAAAGUGGAAGAGAGCUUCAACCUGCAGGCUGUGCACGACCUGCUCUACCACCGGCUGGAUGUGGGGCAGUAUGACCACCACACGUUCCCCGGUGUGGUCCCCAGGACUUUCCUUGGCCCAGUGGUGAUGGCGGCGCUCUCCAGCCCGGCAGUGUAUGUGCUUUCGCUGUUGGAAGCAUCCAAGUUUUAUUCUCAGCUCGUAGUUAGAGCCGUCCUCGGACUCAGUGUGAUUUUUGGAAUCUGGACUUUACAAAAAGAAGUCAGACGGCAGUUUGGGACCACGGCAGCCACCAUGUUCUGCUGGGUGACAGCCACGCAGUUCCACCUGAUGUUCUACUGCACACGGACGCUCCCCAAUGUGCUGGCCCUGCCCGUGGUCCUGGUGGCCCUCACAGCCUGGCUGCAGCAUAAAUGGGCCCGCUUCAUCCGGCUCUCAGCGUUCGCCAUCCUGGUCUUCCGAGCCGAGCUGAGCCUGUACCUGGGCCUGCCACUGCUGCUGGCACUGCGCACCAGGAGGCUGUCUGUGUUGGCGGCCCUGCGCUGUGCUGUGCCGGCCGGGGCCCUCUGCUUGGGCCUGACAGUCGCGGUGGACUCCUAUUUUUGGCGGUAUCUUGUAUGGCCGGAAGGAAAGGUGCUUUGGUACAACAUCGUCCUGAACAAAAGUUCCAACUGGGGGACCGCCCCGCUGCUGUGGUACUUCUACUCGGCCCUGCCCCGCGGCCUGGGCUGCAGCCUGCUCUUCGUGCCCCUGGGCCUUGUGGACAGGCGGGCCCUCCCCCUGCUGCUGGCCUCGCUGGGCUUUGUGGCCCUGUACUCCCUGCUGCCACACAAGGAGCUGCGCUUCAUCAUCUACGUCCUCCCCGUGCUUGACAUCGUGGCCGCCAGGGGCUGCGCCUCCCUGCUGAACAAUUACAAGAAGUCUUGGCUGUAUAAAGUGGGGUCCUUCCUUGUGAUAGGACACCUCGUGGUGAAUACCAUGUACUCGGCCACAGCCCUGUAUGUGUCCCACUUCAACUAUCCUGGUGGUGUGGCGAUGCAGCGGCUGCACGAGCUGGUGCCCCCCUCAACAGACGUCAUGCUACACAUCGAUGUGGCUGCCGCGCAGACAGGCGUGUCUCGGUUCUUGGAGGUCAAUGUUGCCUGGAGACAAAACUGGUGCUUCUGGAGAGACUCCCCAUGCCUUCCUAAGGAAGAGGGUCCAGAGUUCUUCUCUGAACCCUGGGGGGCUCCGCCAGCAUCCUGACACAAAGGACAGAGAAGCAAGGGCCGCGGGCUCACCCCUCCCACAGGCCCAGCCAGAGCCACACCCUGUACACAGGCCCUGCAGCCCGGGGUGCUGUGUGAUGCCGUCUGUCGUCCAGACUGAGUGCUGUUGACAGCAGUGGGGGCAGCAGGCUCAUCCCCUGGGUCUGCUCUUGGGCACAGCAACACUGGCGCUCCUGGCCUCUGGGGGCACCUAACAGCACUCCCUCAGGGAAGCAGUGCAUCUCUGAGGGUGGACAUGUGGAACCAUGGUGUUCGGAGUUAUAGGACACAUCCUUUGUGGUCACAGGCCCUGCCUUUCAUUUCAGAUGCAAUUUUAAGAGAUAAAUGUGUUCAGAAAGGAAUGGGAAUAAACAUUUUUAAAUGUUC